GAUCGCCUGAUGCUAUCUGCAUAUUUUAAAUACCUAUAUAAAAUUAGGUUUUCACUCUAUUUCCUAGUUUAUCCAACAGUAAUAACAAAGAAAAUGCAACACUUUUUUAUUAUAAGUUUUGUAGUUAUACUUAUAAGCUUUGUCGAUUCGACCGUUGUGAGUAAAUGUCAAAAUGGCGGCAUAGUACCACCUGGUGUAAAUUUAGAAUCAGAUUCUAAAGUUUGCAAACAGUCUCCUUGUGUAGUAUACACUGGUAGCACUUGUAAUUUCAACGUCAACUUUACCUCACCUGGGUACGUGCCAUCUAUAACCCCUAAGUAUAAAGCAACAGCACUGGGGAUGACGUUAGACUAUCCAAGCGAGAAGGAUGCUUGCACAGGACUCACCAAUACAGUUUGUCCUCUAGUGGAAAACGAACGCGUGUCUUAUACAUGGAUAAUGUACCUUCCAAGUUUGUAUCCAGAAUGCCUUGUUGAUCUCGAAGUUUCUUUUACCAACGACGAUGAUAACUCCCUCAUUUUCUGCUUUAGCACACAGAUUGAAGUAAAAAAGCCAGAUAAUAGAUAGGAAUUUAAGAUUAUAUUUUUAGUUGUAAGUCAAAACAAGUAUUACUAGUAAUAAGGAUUGUAUAUAUUAUAAAUUAAUAUUCUGUAUAAUAAAUUAACAUAAAUACCUACUAUAAAUUAAAUAAAAUUAUAUAA